AUGAUCAGGAAGGAAUCCUCUGCCGAUCGGCCUAAAGAGCGAGCCCUUGCCCCUGCAUUUGUCAUCUCUCUUUUUGAGUCCUAUUUCGUAUAUCGGGGACGGCACACAUGUGAGAAGGCUGAGUUCCACCACUGCAAGUAUGUUAUCAACUCGCGGAUAUCAAAUUGUCAGUAUAUAGCAUUUGAUCGGAACUGA